AUGGAAGGCACGGGCCAUCAACAGCAGCAGCAGCAACAGCAGCAGCAGGUGCAGUCAGCAUUGCCCAAUCAGCGCCCCGGUCUAGCAGCUUCGGUGUGGAACCCCGGAGGCGGCAUCUCAGAACGCCGAAUAGCCAAUCCCAGGCGGUCGCAAUCCACGCUGGCAAAGGCAGCAGCAGCUCAGAAAGCUGCAGGUGGCCCGUGCCCUCCAGUCCCUGCCGCCAAUUCUUCUUUCGCGUUGACCGCGCAGCAGCAGCAGCAGCAACAGCAGCCAGCACAAGAAGCAGCAACAAACACUCAAGUCCACGGCCAUCAGCCUCACCCUACCCCGGCUUUCACCCCGAACACGACCUCGGCCUCGCCUUUCAUCUCGAUCGUAACCGAUAAUACUAUUGGCUCUACUGCACCAGAGAACUCGACCGCCAACAUGUCGCUGUUCGGUGCGAAAACUGGCGGUGGCUUGAGCAUCAACACUGGUGCUGCCAAUGCUGCCGCCGGCCCUUCGUCGACUCCCGCAGCUGGUGGAGGACUCUUUGGAAACGCAGCGGCUACGACACAACCUGCUACAAGCGGCGGUCUCUUCGGCGGAACCCAGACUGGAGCUGCAAGCGGAGGACUGUUUGGCAACAAGCCAUCAACACCCGCGACUGGCGGCCUGUUUGGUGCAUCUACCACGGCUUCUCAGCCCCAGCAACAGGCCGGAGGUCUCUUCGGCGGAGCGACAACAGCAACACCCCAGGCCCAGCCCCAGCAAGCGGGAGGGCUCUUCGGUCAGGCGGCGAAUACCACAGCCCAGACAGGCACUACGGGUGGAGGACUGUUUGGAAACCAGACACCGGCGCAGCAGACGGGCCAGCAGCAGCCUCAACAGGGCGGAGGACUGUUCGGGGCGGCCCAGCAGAAGCCAGCGGGAGGUGGUCUCUUUGGCCAGUCGCUGUCAACGACCCAGCAGCAAUCAUCAGGACUUUUCGGCGGCGGAAACACAAACACACAGGCGCAGCAGACACCGCAACAAGGUGGCGGCGGCCUCUUCGGCUCGAGUCUUGCCCCUAGCCAAGCCAAGCCUGGUGGUCUUUUUGGCGGCGGCGCUUCAACCCAGCAACAGAACAACACAGCUCCCGGCCUGACUAUGGGUCAGUCGACCACGCAGCAAACCGUUCCCGGUGUAAGGGUGGACCUUUCGAACGUCAAGGGCACGACCCGUUUCAACGACCUCGAGCAGUCCCUGCAAACCGAGAUGGAGAACUGCGACACCAUGAUCCAGCGCUUCAUGAACCAUGCGUCCGAGAUCAGGGGUUUCAUGGCGGCCCAUGGCGGCGAUCUUGCUCAGCUCACCAACGACGUCACCUGGCUGCAGCGCAAGUACGAGGGCGUCAAGACGACCCUGGACGAGGACAUUGUCACCCUGGCACACCUGAAGGAUCUUGUGAAGUCGGAUGCGGACAUCGCAAAGAUGGCAUUUGCUGGCGCCGAUCAGCUUAAGCUCCCUGCGCACUACCACCAGACGUGGCUCACCCGCGGUGGAACCGGCAGUAACGCGCCAAACGGCAAUCAGGACCGCAAUCUGGAGGACGUACUCACCCUUUUCUCGAACGAGGCCGACAGGCUAAAGGAGCUACACCAGUUCCAGGUGCAGAAGAUCAAGGAGAUGGAGCAGCACAUGCCAGGUGUCGAGCACGGCCUCUACGAGCGGGUGCGCGCCCUGCGCGACCAGACGCAGGUUCCCGCGUUCAACAUGGUCCUGGACCUUUUGGAGACGAUCAAGAUGAUGGGUGACAAAAUUUACGAGGCGGCAGGUGGCAUCGUGGAUGUCCGCGAGAAGCUGACCCAGCUUCAGCGCCAGUACCCCACCAAGUGA